AGUGGCAACCAAUCAGCGAAUCCCAACUAUCCUACUGAGCGAGAUUUUGAAACAGUAAACUUCGUUCAUAGUCAUUGCAUAUUCACUGUCAUUCUGUUAUCGCCAAAUACCACUGUUCACAAAAGAAAUCGGGCGUAAAAGGCUUUGUUAAGCCUUUCUAAUUCACAAAAUGUUUGCUCGUAAAAAGUAUUUGGAAAAUGCGGAUCCUCGCGGCAGAGAUUUGGGAACAAAAAAGGUAAAUGAUCGGUGUCAGCUAGUAGUAGUUAGGCCUACUUGGUAGUCUUAAAAAAAAAAAAAAAUGGUCGACUGACCCUGCUGGCCUUCUACCUUUUACUUUUAGUUUAGUUUUCCCCUAUGUGACGAAACGAAUGUAAAAUAUUCUAGUUUCCUAAUGAUGUGAUUUACAAAACAAAACAUGAUUUUAAAAAAUAAAUAUAGGCGCUUUAGUUAUCAGCCUCUUGUUGGUAUUUAUAGACUAUAGACAAUCCACUUACUUUAAUACUACAGUACAGGUAGUGUAUAGUACAGUUUACAAUUAUACUAUUAUACUAUACUUAUAUACUAUCAUAAUACUGUGUAGUAAUAACGGUAUGUAGUAGAUUUAUUUAUUCAGUUAGGUACUUAAAAAAAAAAAAUAAAACCAAAAUCAACUUUCUAGCAGUUAUAUAGAAAAUUUAAAGUUAUGAAUUUAAUUUUUUUUAAAGAUUUUUGGGUGGUUUGAGGAUUAGUGUAAUUAUUUCUCAGGGUUAGACAUUUUAUUUCCAACAGUCACUUGUCACUUGAUUGAGUCACCAGUGUAUCAUAUUUUACCCGAACUUUACUAUCUACUAGGCCUAAAGUCUAAAGUGUUAUCUUUUUUGUUAGGCAGUGUCUACAUGUCCGGCGACCGGACAAAUAGUGCGGGAGAUAUUCUUCCGGUGGGCUUGUCAUGUGACAAGAGGUCUCCGGCAAAUAAAAAAAAAUAGUCCGCUAUCUUGGUUUAAAUAUCUUAUAAAGCUCUACCUAGUAGCCUAAAUUUAAAAUAUGAACCAAACAAAAUAAGACCAAUACUUGCCAGUUGACUGUCAGCAGAUCUGUCAAAAAAGUUUUAUUUUAGGCUAUCAAUAUUGUGUGAAAAGUAGGUUACCCCAACAGCACACUACAUUGGCUCUAUAUUGAGAUAUAGGGUCUAUUUCUUUGUGAACUUUCGACCUCCCCACCUUAAUUAUCUCCCUCAUUAUCAUUUUUAUCCUUUCUCUUUCGCUCUCAGUAUUUCUUCCUUCUAGUAUGCAUCGGUGCCUCCCCCCCCACUUAUUUCCUGAAAUGAAGUUUAUACUCGUCCCCCCUCUUCAUCUCCGACGUCAUUUUUAAUGAUCGACCAUUAGCGGUCGCGUGACAAGACUGUCGGACAGAUAUCUCGCCCAACUUUGUCUUUAUGGCAGUCAUGAGACCUGGAUAGAUACCUCUAAUUAAUCGUCCAGUUGCUGGACAUGUAGACACUUCGUUUUUGUUAUUCAAUUCAUAGUUCUUUAAAAAAGUAAAAGUGCCACCGCUGCCAAAUUUAAGUUUAAGUUAAAUUAUAGCAGGUUUGAGUUUAAUAAAAUAAGUUUCUUAGUAAGAACUUUGUAUUGUGCCUCUAUUCUCUAUUAAUAAACAUGAAAGUUAAAGGGUAAUCAAUUGACUAUUUGCUAAAUAAUCUAAUUUUCAGUGAGUUAGCCUAAUAUAAUAGCAUAGUAAGUAAAAAAAAAAAUUGUUACCUUUCUCACUCAAACACUUUUAAGUCUCUUAGGCUUAUGGUUUAUUUUAAGAAUUUUAGAUAAGUCUUCACUGGUCAAUAAUUCCUAGGCCUAGGGCAAUGUAUAACCUUGUUAGAGUAAUACUGGUUUAAAGUCUCGUUGCAGAAACUUUAUGUAGCUAAGUUAGUUUUGUUGAGAAAACUUUGAUUGCCGCAUUAAAACUACUGUCUACAAAUACAGUUUUGGGAAUUCAACAAGGUACUUCUUAACCACAUUCAAGCUGCAACAGUAGGAUAGCAAAAUACAUUUCUCUUUACAGUGGAACCCAGCUAUAACGCGAUGAUCGGGGUCCAUAAAAUCGGAUCGUGUUAAAAGCGGGGUUGCGUUAAUGCGCGGUUUUACAAUAUUUAACUUUUUUCCGAGAACAUAUACGUGUAUACAGGAACAAUGAUCAAGUUGGCUUAUCAGAUGAAUAUUAACUGGAAUGCAUUAAGAUAUAUUCAAAAUAAUCGAUGGCUAAUAUAUUUAUAGGUUAUUACUGUGCAUUAAAAAUAUACAUAUUACUAUUUAUAGUUCUACCGGAAGAAAGCCUUGUUUUCGGCAUUAAUUUUGAUACUAGUUUGAACGUGAUGCGUUUAGGGGCUCAUUUUCUACGAUAUUUUGAAAAGGGAUUUUUUUGCUUUAAACAAUGGCUUUCCAAGCAAUGGAUAAAAUUUUCCAAGAACUUAGGCCUGAUGGAGAAAAUGAAUUUCAAAUUUCAGGAGCCAUGCUACAACCGCGUUCUAUCCGAAUUCGCGUUCCACUGUACUCAAAACUCUUGAUAUUAUUUCAUAAACUUUGCUUCCACUUAUCACUUUGCAGAAUUAUCCUUUUUCUAAAAUUGAACGGACACAAUAAAAUGUAUGUAUCACAUAAUCUGAUUUUCUCCAUCAAAAGAACAUCCUAAUUUAUUUUUGACUUAUGACUUUUCAAAAUGGUCUCGAAAAUACUUGCAUCUCAUCCUUCCCUCCUAGUUGGCUUGGGAUUUAAUAUAUCUUGAGACAGAUAUUGCUUUCGGAUUGGUAAUUUUAAAUAAAGUAAGUCAGAUCCUGUAAUAAGAUUAAUAUCAUUCCUCUGCAAAUUUAUUUUUACUGAGUUAAGAAAAUAUUUCUAAGUAAUGUGGUGUGGGAUGACUAAGAAAAUUCAUUGUCUUCAAAAUUCGCUCGUAUUUGAUUCUAGUCGUGUUACAAAUUGCAACACUCUCACCCUUGUUUCACUACUUCCUGGUAGGAUGAAUUGUUGCAUGUUUGUGAGUUGCCAGAUUUAGUUAUUAAAAAUGCAGUUGAGUGAUAUUUCAAUCCGUGCAAGAGAAGCAUUACAAAAAAUACUUGAAAGUCUACGAUUCAUUUGUCCUUUUAUACUUCCAAUGGUUUUCAGCUUACAGUGACCCGCUAAAAAUAUGAAUUGUUAAUGGAUGCUGGUACUCCCAUUAGACAGUUAAAUCAAAGAUUUUUUAAAAUCUCGUGUGAGAUUAUCAUUUUCUGGCUGAUUUCUUAAGUUUAAUUUGAUGUUGGUUAUCAAAAACAGCAAUACAUAUUUUUUUCAUAUAUAAUUCAAAUUAAUAGCCUAUUCCUUACAGAAAGGAAAAUCUCCACAAAGGUUUUUAGUGGCCCCCUGGGCAAUCCUACUGCCCCCUGGGGGCUGUACCGCUAUUUAGGCAUGUUAUUUAUUUUAUUUGCAUUUUAAAUCAGCUUUUAUAUGAAUAUUUUUAUAAUUUUUGUAAUGCUCUUUACCUUAUAUUGCAUGCUAAAAUCUGAUGUUUAUUCAACAAACUGGGGAUUUUAAAAUUACGCUGUUAAUUGUUUUGACUGGCAAUCACAAUUAUGUGAUUAAAGACAAACAGCAACAUAAUAUUGAAUGGUUAGUUGCUCACUUGUUAUGAAAUUCCAAACUGGCAGUUUUGUACAUUACAUGACCAACAUGAGGUGAGACAGCUAUUCAAUAAUUUUUUAAAAAUAGCUAUGUAAAUAACUCACAUUUCCAUUAAUUUUUAAAAUCUAUUUUAGAUUGGAGAAGUUCCUGUCAAAGCUGGACAAAGUAAGACAAAACGAGUUAUUCAAACAAGGAGAGCCGCUUUUGGCGAUAUAACAAAUGUAAGUAUUUUAAAUUUUCUUUUUGACUGAAUUAAAUUUUAAGGAAUUUAUGAGCUACGGAAAACUUAGUAAAUCACUACUUUAUUUUUAUAAGUGGUAAAAUCAUAAAGUAUUUAUAAGCAGAGGUGAAAAAUGUAUUAUUCUAAAUAAAAUAUUGUGUAUUAAAAUAUGGGUUCUUAUUUAUAUUAUUUAUUUUUCUCCAGGCUACUAAAGAUAAGACAAUUGAGGAUGGCAAAAAGAAAAUUGCUUUACCCAUCAAGCCUAUUGCCAAGACCCAAAUAACUACCACUAACACAAAGAAUACAAGGGCCUCCAUCAAAGCAAAAGAAGUGAAGAAAGAGCAAGAUUUAAAACGCUCAGUGUCUACCUCAUCGGUCAAUGUCUCCACUACCUCAGUCCAAGUGUCUUCUUCUCAGGAGUCAUCAGCCAGCAGUCAAGUCUUAAAAAAUUUGGCAGCCGGGUAUGUUGAGAUGAAAUAAUAUAGUUAUAUCUGCCUCUCAAAUAAAUAUACUGAAUUAGAUUUGUGUGUUCUGAAUUAGUUUUUGAGGUUGUCAACAUGAACAUUUUUUGUAAUACUUUUGUAAUUUUGUCUUGAAGGGUUCCUGCUGAUAGGGUUGAGGAAGACUUUUCUUUUGUUAUUGUGGUGAGUACAUUUUUCCUCAUAGAUUCUUCAAUACCUAAAUACUUAAAAAUAAACAGUAAAUCUUUCAGUGAAACAUAAGUAUUCAAAGAAAAAACUGUAAAUUAAUAUUUUUAUGAACAGGAAGACACAUGUGAGGGUGAAAAAUUAGAUCUUCAGAAGUCUGGGAGUGAGAAAACAGAUUUACAAGAACCUGAGAAAAGUUUGCUUUCAAUUGAUCAAGAGCUCUACACUGAUGUUUUCAAUGUUGGCAUAUACGCGCAGGAUAUCUUUGAGUAUUACAAGCGCAGGGAGGUUAGUUGAAAAUAAGAAACAAAUCCAACUCUUGUCAAAAUGUUAAAACCAAGUCAUUCUCUUAAAAUUAAAAAGAAAAAGAAACGUAUAAAUUAUUUCAUAUUUAUUUUUGGUGGUUUAUUUCUUUUUAGUAUCAAAUCGGAUGUGAAGAAUAAAAUGUUCAUCUUGCUUUUAAAAAAAAAGCUGCCAAAUAAAAUAAAUUUAAUUUUCAAAAACGUCAAUUUCUUUCGGCCAUAGUUAUUAAAAGUUAAAUGCAUUUUUAGAGUAAAUGAUCAAUAUGUACUAAAAUUGAUAAAGGUUGUGUUACCAUUGAUUAGGAGAGAGUGCAUUUAAUUCUUGACAUUUUCACUAAGUAAUGGAAACAUGCUUAUGGUGACAUAAGGCACUUAUCCCCUAGUAGUAAUCAACCUUCCCCAGAAAUAUUCAUCCCGUUCUAAUGCAGAGUAGCAGCAUUUCCUCUUUGGUGUAGUGUGCAUGCUUUUGUUUUGUUUAAUUUGGAUUUUAUUGCACAAUAGAUUUAAUAAGUUACGUCUGUUUAAAAAAAAAUAACAAAUACAAAAUAAUUUUGUCAGUUGUCAGGUUAUAAGUUUAUAAAUGUUGAGAUAAAGCAUGGCACUAUAUUUAAUUUUCAAUCUAACACUCCAGUGCGCCUCUGUCUCAAACUCCCUAAAUAUUUUCUUAGCAUAUGCCAGAGGAUGCCAUCUUACUAUUAUUGGAAAUACUUUACCAUCACCUAAGACAGCUCUAAAAAAAUAUGCUAGGGUGCUUUUCCUAGACUGCUCAUCAGUAUUUAACACAAUCCUAAUGGUUAAAAAGAUUUCUUUGUUAGGUGUAAAUUCAAAUAUUCAAGUGUGGAUACUGAACUUUUUAACAAAUAGACCAGAGUAUGUCUAGGUGAAGGGGCAAAUAUCAGAAACUAGAGAAAUACAUAAUUUAUUGCCACAAGUUUGCGUUUUCUCCCCGUCCUGUAUACAAUAUAUACCAAUUACAUCCAGAGCCCAAGCAACAAUGUUCCAAUCCAUGAGUUUGCUGAUAAUGCCCCCAUCGUUGGCUUAAUAUCUGAAGGGUAAAUCUUAUACCGCAACCUAGUUACCAGCUUUAUCGGUGCGAUUCAAAUUUUCUUCAGUUGAAUGACUCAAAUUAAAGAAAUGGUUGUUGAUUUCCAGAGGGGGGAUCACCCAUUUGCAGAUCUCACCAAAAAUAAAGUAUAGAACAAGUUGAGAUAUAAGUACUUAGGCGGAACCAUUAACAAGUUGACAUGUCAUGACCAUGGUCAAAUUUUGUAUUAAAAGUCAACCAAAGACUUUUCUAUCUUAAAAAAAUGUUCAAUUUCGGCGUAAACAAACCAUUUCUUAACUUAUUCAGUAUUAUCUGGUGGUGUGGGAAUACAUCAUCUUUUAUCAAACACCGAAUAAACAGACUGAUCAAGACGGCUAGUAACAUCACACAAACUUAACAUCCUUCAAUUGAACUAUUUGAAAUGCUGUUGUAAAACAAACAAAAUUCUAGAUGAUACAUCACACCAACUUCAUCACAAUUCAGAUUCCUAAGAUCAGCUCCUUCAGGGCUAAUUCUUUCUUUUAAAGUUGGGACCGAAAGAUAUACAAAUGUGUUUCACUGUUUGAUCCCCUGUCGGUACAAGUAGCCAGUAUGCUCCCCUAGUGAUUAACAAGUCAUUAUGGUCACUAAUGGAUUUCUUUUUUGGCUGAUAUCUACACUAUAGGAAUACUUAAAAUGUCUUAAAUUUAAAUUUAAGUUUACAUUUUUAUUAUUGUAAAAGGUCUUGGUUAAAAAUGUGUAUUUAUGUGCUGAAAAUAUGUACAAUGUAAUCAAUAAUCUUACCUUAUAAUUUAUUGAAUGGCUUUUUACUGCAAAAAGGGUUGCAUUUUGAAUUAGAGAUUCUCAGUGUGACGUUCAUUUAUCUCGAGGUUAGGUCCCCUGCUUUAUAGCCACAGAACAAAAACUUUUUUCCUUCCAGCUCCUUCAGCAGAGCUGAUGUGUUGUAAGAAUCAAGAAACAAAGCAGUGACAGUUUCAUAUUCAUGUAUUUAAUCCUUUGUAUGCAUGUGGGUUGAAGAUGCAUAUGAAGCAACAAAUUAUAUCCACAUAAAAGCUCACUCCUACUCCUACAUCCACAGCAAGUCACUCUCUACAAAAACUAUAAUCACACACUCCUAGUGAAAUUGAACUAAAUCCUCUUCCAUCCACAGCAAAUGUCACGCUGUACAAAAAACUAAAAUCACACUCCAUCAACAGCACUCAUCACUGUCUACUCCACACUAAUUUCAUUUCACACAGCCUUUUUUCUUACAUGUUUUUUUUUUUUGACACACCGCCACGGUAAUACUGGGCUGAGACAAAUCAUGGGAUUCACUAUGGUCAAAACUAAAGGAAAAAACCCAUUAUCGCUCACUCAAUAUCAUCAAAACAGACAACAGAAUCAUGCGACCUGACUGACACUCCAUGUUUGUUUACAUAUCUUCCUGGCACCACCACUGUUUUUCACCAUGUUGGCUGACGCUUUCCAAGUGGGAGACAUUGGGAUUAGCCUCGUAUACCGAAUUGAUGGUAAACUAUUCAACCACAGGAGGCUACAUGCUAAAUCCAAGGUCCUGAUAGACAUAAGGCUUUUUCUGUAUGCCGGAGCAGAAGUAGAUAUGCAUCACUGUUUGUAAAAAUGUGGGUCUCACAAUCGAGAUGAAAGAGGCUGGCGCCACAUCUCCUUCAGAACCUUACUUUGAGGCUAACAUUUGAGUCAGUGAUGAAAAGCUUAAAGGGAUUUAUAGCUUCUGAUACCUUGGCAGCACACUUUCCCAAAGUGAAACAUUGAUGAUGAGGUGGACCUUUGAAAUGCAAGAGCCAGUGUAACCUACGACCAAAUAUCUAUGUAUGGACCAGGCGAGGCAUCAACACCCAAACCAAAGAUAAUUUCACAAGGCUGCUGUGUUCUGUGUUACCUACAUUUCUCUAUGCUCUUGAAAUAUGUUCUAUCUGUGGCAUGCAAGAAAGCUGAACCAUUUUCACAAGCCUUAGAAAAAUCUUUAACAUCAACACCAAGGGGCAGUACGAGGUCCAAAACAUUGAGUUGCCCACACACGCAGGUCUCCCUGGUAUCAAUACCAUUUAAUUGUAGGUCAGAGGACUGCUUGCCCAAGAGUAUAUUUUAUGGCAGACUGUACACUGCUGGUGGAAUUAAUAUUUCAAAGUCACCCUGAAAGCCAGCUUCAUUGUAAGCUUUCUGCAUAAACCCAGACAUAUGGGGAAAAUGGGCAAAAGAUUGUGCCUUGUAGUGCUCCUCUGUACACAAAGGCUCUAUGGAGCACAAUGCUUAACAGAACAGCUGCUGCAGAGCACAAAACACCCACAAACAAAAUCAGCCCUAGAACUAAUCAGAUAAAGUGGUCCUCAUCUCAACAGACAAACCUACCAUUGAGACUUUAAUGUGCAAAGCUAUUUCAAUGCCAUUUUUUUUUCCAACUGUCCAAAGUGUUUUUAUUCAUCAAUAGCCCUUAUAAUUAGAGUUUAAAUUGUGUUUAUACAUUGCCUAACUGCGAUGCUGUAAUGAAAUGAGACUAAAGUGACAUUGGACCUCUAAAAGUGAAAUGCUUGUAUUAUUUUUUUCUGAAACAUUUGAUUAAUCUUUCACUGUAAAAAGACUUUCUGACCUUUGACUUAAUUUGCAUGGUCUUAAUAAAGGGAGAAGAGGGUAUGUAGUGAACAUACAUAUCCUGCAGUUUGAAUAGAUGUGUUGACUCUAACUGAAACUUUAUGACUCAUGCCAGGUCUUGAAAAUCACUUCAAGUGUGAUCCUGAAAUGCAUUUGAAUGUUCGUGUUUCCAUUUCUCCUCCUUGUAGAAAAUGUUCACUAUUCCACCAUACCUGGGAUCUAAACACUGCCAGAUUUCUCCAUCCAUGAGGGCUAUCUUAGUUGACUGGAUGGUAGAAAUACAGGAAAAUUUUGAGCUCAAUCACGAGACACUGUACCUAGGAGUAAAGCUCACCGAUAUCUAUUUGUCAAGAGUCAAGGUGGACAAAGAGAUGUUGCAGCUAGUUGGUGCUGCUGCUCUUUUCAUUUCUUCCAAGUUUGAUGUAAGUGCCCUGAGUUAUUAUACUUCUGGUCUAAAAAUUUAUGUAAAUAUUGCACAAUUUUAUUUUGAGCACAAUCACAAAAUUGUCUUUUGUAAAGGGAGAAAUUAAAACUGAAAAUACAUUUUGUCCAUAGCCAGCUUAAACAAGUAAAUGAAAUAACAAAAAUUUUUCAUCUUUGCAAUAGCAUUGUAAAUUAGUUUGUAAUGUCUUAUAAUACCUUUGAUAUUGUCAAAAUUAACAUUUUAAAAAUUAUUUGAAUUACUGUAAUGAAAAUCUCACCACAAAUUACAGGAAAGAUUUCCACCUAUGAUAGAAGACAUUAUCUACAUUUGUGACAAUGCAUUUGGUCGAGAUGAAUUUAUUCAAAUGGAGAUGGAGCUCCUGAGGAAAGUGGAUUUUGACUUGGGUAUUCCAAUUUCAUACAGAUUUCUGCGACGCUAUGCUAAAGUAAGUUGAGUGUGUUAACCUCUUAACUUUCUUUGUCGAAAUUCAGUGCCGUAGCUAGAGUGUUGGGUACCCGGGGACUAGAUUCAUUUUACACCCCCUACAACUCUGAAACCCAUUUUUUUUUCCAUCUAUAAAAUCCAUCAAAGCCCAUUUUGACACCCGGACCCAUGGAUGUCUGGGCCUCCCCACAUACACACUUUGCUAAGCUAUUGUUGAAAUAGUGUUACCCUAAAACGAUUGAAGGAAUUUGAUUUCCGAGUUGUACUCUCAUCUCUGAUCCUGAAAAUAUUUAUUCCGGUAUGCAAUGAUUAAAUACAGGGCAUCCGAAGGAUUGAAUUUGACCUUUUUUUUUUUUUUUUUUUUUUUGGGUUCCUAAUUUUUAAAUUUUUUGUUUUUAAAAAAAAAUUUUACAAUGAUUGAUUUUAUAUCUUACCGUCUAUACAAAUUGAAACUCAUUGUAAUUCUUAAUAGUCAAUGGAUAGAAUCGGCAGUUCAAUUUAUGCAUAUUCUUUUUUAAGAUCCCUUAGUUUUUUUUUUCAAUUUUGCCAUUUCAGACCUGGUUACUUUAACAAUUUGAGAAAUCUUUUACGAUUGUUUACCGAGACCUGUUAGAACUAUGCUUUUAAAAGACCGGAUUGAAAAUAAAUAUUCCUGGAGUUUUCCGAUAUUAAAAAAUACAAUUUAGUUUGUUGGUUUUAGUUUUAGCUCUUUUCUUCUUCCGGUGGUAAAUGGACCCAGAAAAAUGAUUGUUGGGCACCAUACAUAAUUAUAUUACACAAUGAGAGGGGAAAAGAUGGGGAGGGUGAUGUGUGCAUGGGAGGGGUUGGGGGCAGUAUCUAAAUAUUUUUAAAGAUUAUAAAUGAACUAUUCAAAUACAGCAUAUCGUAGUCACCCUAGUGACACAUGUAGUGAACAUUUGCUUUUGUGACUGUAUGACAUCUUGAGACAUAAUUAUUUCUUUCUUGGGUUGUACCGCAGCUAUUGUGUUAAGGACCGCAGUAUGGUUAAAAAGCUCCUCCCUUCUCCCAAUAUAAUUUGUGUUAGUAAUUAGACUAUAUGUUAAUGGAAAAUAUAAUCAAUAUUUUAUACUUAAUGUAAAAGUGGCCGACCAGCGGCUUGCCAAUGGGAAUAUUGCUGUCAUUCAGAUGUAUCACACAAAAACUUUUUUUUUUAUCAAUGUGUAAUUAUUUUCAAUUUUGGCAUAAAGGCACAUUUGAUUUGAAAUGACAUGGAUUUUUGUGAUGGUCUGCGACAUUCUGGUUUACUUGUCCAAAAAUGCUCCCCCUCCAAAUAGAGAGAAAAGUGCUAGCCGGGGCAAGCCUACGCCACUGUAUACUUUGUACUGUUUAUUUACUAUUACCAUUAUCAUAGGGUAGUUCCCAAUUUUGAAAUUAAUCACUAUUCUGAAAUGAUAUAGUACUAUUUUUGGAGGUUUGCAUUUGAAUCUAUUUAAUCUUUUUACACUUUAAACAAAAAUUAGCCCCUAUUGACAGAUUAAAACUUCACUAAUUAUAUUCUUCUUUCCAUUUAAAUAUAUAUUAUAUCUUAGUCAUGCUAUUGUCAGAAAAUCUUAAUUUUUUAAUUUACAGAAUCUUGAGUCACAAUACAAACGUUUAAAGAAAUGAUUUACUAUAAUUACCAUUAUUCAUUUCAACAGCUCUUCUAACCUGUAAUUUUCAAUAAUUUCAAAGAUUGCACGGAUGUCUAUUGUAACAUUGACACUUGCACGAUACAUUUUGGAGAUGUCACUGAUGGACUGUCAAUUUAUGGUUGAGAGGGAUUCGAAGAUGGCAGCUGCUACUCUAUUUAUUGCACAGAAAAUGAAGAAUGAGGGUUCAUGGGUAACUGCUUGUUUAUUUUUAAAGGGGGUUUAUGAAGUUAAAGUGAUUUUAUUGUCAUUGUUUUAAUACAUUGGUUAAAGAAACUAAGGAGUGACAGAUGAUUCCUUUGCAAAUAGAGUGAAAUCAAUUUCUCAUCAACACAUGUAUAGAUUUGGAGAUAUUUAAAAUAUUCUUAAAUAUUCUAUUACAGGAUGGUGAGAUUGUGAAAGGCAGUGGGUAUGAACUAAAAGACUUCAAACAUCUCAUUGCACCUCUGAAUAAAAUGCUUCUCUCCUUGCCGACACUUCCAUCAUCACUCUCAACAGUGCGAGGGAAAUACUCUCAUAUGUAAGUGCAUAUCAUCAUUGUGGUUAAUAUUUUAUUUUUAUUUUUCAUAAAUCUUCAAACAGUUUUCCCCAAGUCAACUAUUUGAUUGAGUAAAUCCUGCCUUAAAAUUAUGUGUGCACACAACUGGACCUGUAUAUUCUAUAAUGCCAAGUUAAAUGAUUUACAUUAUUCAAGAUCAAAGCAUAUAUAAGUCCAAGAAAUAAAGGCAACAAAUUUUAUCAGAAUACCUGAAUGGGAUGUAACAUACCUGAAUGGGAUGUAACCUUGGCUGCUUUAGUUAAAAUUUCAAAUACAUACAAUCUUCUAACAUUUAUUUAUUAUCUGGAUGUUUGCACAAGCAAAAUUAAUAGUAACAUUUGAGUAGUUAUUUUGAAAGGUCAUUAUUCAUAUUGUUUUUUUUUCUUCUUUUUUUUGAUCCAGCGUCUUUCAUGAAGUGGCAAAAAUUCCUCCUUUACCAACUGAAGAGCUGUUGAAAUGAAUAAUGGUAAUUAUAGUAAAUAAUUUCUUUAAUCCUUUUAAAUUUGUGCUAGUAGUGAGUUAGCCCAUUUGCCAGUGUCAGCACUAUUUCAACACAUUAAAUAUAUAAAUUCUUAUAUAUAUAUUAUAUACAACUGGACUGCAGCACCUAACAGGAAUUUUCAGACACUCGUUGACAACUUUAACUUCACCGUACCUGUAUGGCAACAGGGUAUGACAGCCCUAAUCCUUAAAUUAGUUGCUGCAUUUGUCAGAGGGUCCCUACUAAUCCCUUUUUUUCCCCAUUUUAUUGCAUAUUUCUAAAUGAUAAAUCUUAAUGUUACUAAUUUUUAGAGAAUUGCUCAAUAUGUCUAAAAGAGAGUGGAAUCAAGAAAUUUUUGGUUAUAUUUUACGGUACUGAAUAUUUCUCAUUCCUUCAUUCUGCAUUUUUCAGAUAUUUGUUUGAUGAAUGGAGCAAAUGAGGAUGAUGUCAGGCCGGUUGGAAACUUGUGACAGUGGUACAUAAGCUGCAGAUUGAUGAAUACAUGUAUAUGAGUAGUUUUUAGCAUUUUAAACUUUGUAAAGUAUAAGCAACUUUAUUGGAGUUUUAAGUGUCUUGUACACCAAUCCAGGAUUUUAUAAAAUUCUUAUAAUUAUUUUGGUCCAAUUUUUAGGUACUAAAUUUUAACAUUGAUUUGAUAAAAAUUUGAUCAUAAGCUUUGUUUUAGCUUGAUAAGAUUGCAUAGAACUAAACCCUCUUGAUUAGAUUGAAGUGUUUCCUUUUAAUCUGGUGGUUGCUUUGUAAAGAUUUAUUGUAGAGUACAUCUUUUUAAUUUUAGAGUUAACUUGGGUUAGCUUUCAAAAUAAUCUCAAAAUUUACAGUUUGAUAGUGAGUGGUAAUUCUUAAUAGCUGCUUACUUUUAAAGGGUGAAAUAACUGAAGAAAAAUAUGAACAUCUCAACCAUACCUGUGUUUAUGGUGUACUUUUGGCAAAGAGAUCAAGUAGACAUACAUUUCAUAAUCAAAAACAAAAUUAUAGAAACCUAGUAAGAGUUGAGAUGCACACAUUUCAUGUUUAUAUUAUGCUAGCUAUUAUAAAUUGUAUUGUAGCUGUAAUAUUUAUAAUCUAAAGAUCUUUUACUUGUACAUAAUUUGUAAAAAUGAUAUGAUAAAACAACCAACACCCAGCUCUAUGAUAUGUAAUUAUACUCACAUUCAGGCUGAAUACAGUUUUAAAUGUCAUUUAUUUUAUAUGUGGUUUCACUUACCUUCUGAGACAUGCCCACUUGUAUGAGAGAAUCUAUGCUUUCUUAUCCAGUUUAUGUGACUCCAAAGUGUUUACUGAAGUAUACUUGUUGUGUACUUGUUUUUACCUAUUCAUGUUCUUUUAUAGAAGGCUUUACCAAUAAAGUUAAUGUUUGCUGAAUAAA